AUGACAGCAAACAAGAGUGACAAAAAUACAGUCCACUGUUGUGGUAAGGGAGCCAGAGAUGCCCUGGAAAAGUGCCAGACAGUUUCUUUGCCACCACCUGCACCUGCUGCAAAGGUGUCUUCUUAUUCUGUGAGUGACAGUGAAGACCUGUGUCAGCAGCGUCAGAACAACCAGCCGAUCGGUGAAGACAUGUCUUUUCAGUGCAAGAGCCGCACUUCUGACUGCCAUUCCCUCAGACUCUUGAGGACACGUGGUAUUGGUCGCCUAGACAACCGUCUGUCUGUGUUCAAGCCAGUCAGAGGGGACAGCAAAGGGCAAAAAGAAAACCAGUCAGAGGGAAUGUUGCAAGGAGAUAGACAAAGCACUGUGGAGCCAUUGUCUUGUGAGAUACUUUCCCACAGUAGCCUGCCACCAAAGCUGUACCUCAGUCGGCCCAGUUCUCUUUCUGAGCAUCACCAUUCUGAACCUGGCCCAGUGGAUCUCAACAGAGGGAUUCCCAGAUGGGACUACUGUAGGGUGGAGCUACCAAGGAUGAGCCUGUAUGUGGAGAAAAAAGCCCUUGGUGAGAGAGUUGGUGGUAGUGAGGGUUGUCCCAGCCUGUUGUCUUCCCCCUGCAGCGAGAAGACCUUUGAAUUUCAGGACAAAUGCAAGAUGAACACGACCUUCUCUGAUUGUUCAUAUCCAGGCACAGAGGAUGAAGCAGGGUUGGAGACCUGUAGAUUCACAGGCAACUUUGCAAAGAGACCAAGUCAACGUGAGGCUCAAGCCCUGCUCCUACGUUCCCUUGCUGGUCGUUCAGAGGGCUCCGUACUGAGCCGUGUUCAAAAGAUUGAGCAGGCACUAAAAAAUUGUCCCUCACAGCCUCCACAGUUCCCCAGUAGUUGUUAUGCUCCUAAAAAAAACCCAGGUAUUCCAGUCCAGAUAGGUAAGCAUCAUACUUCAGAAUGCAAGGUAAUGAACUCCUUUUCAGGUACUUCUAAGGUGGAUGAGUCCAAACCCAGGCAAAGGAGCCAUUCAGGCGUGACCAGGUUGAAGAGUUCAGAACUGACUUCUUUGGACGUUCUGGGUGAUACAUUGGUAAACCCUAUACCGAAACCCAAACGUACCUUCGAGUAUGAGGCCAACCGCAGCUAUGACAAAACACUGUCAUCUAGCAACAGUCUAUCCCCUAAGAAUCUCUAUGAGGGUCAACCUUUGAUGACCUCCACCCCAGCUGGCCAGAAAACCCGCAGCCAGAAGGCAGUGUGCAGAUUUUACAGAGAAGAUGCUACCAUCCCAUGUGCUACUCAGUUAAACUCAGCUAAAGAACACAGCUCUGUCACCAAAGGAAUACACCAUGACCCAUGUUUUAAAAGGUCUGCAGAGGAAAACACAUAUGAGGACAUACUGGGUAAGUACACAGUGAGGGAUGAUGUGGAGCGUAAUCUUAUCAGUGGUUAUACCGUCAUUGAAAUGCUGGUACAAAGGAUCAGUGCCAUAUUUCGCUCCAAAAGAGGGAAGAAGAGACUGAAGAAGUUAUCCCGGUCCAGUACCGAGACGUCCUCAAACAGAGAUGGCAAGAGUGAGAGCGAGAGUGACUCUGAUGAUCGGUUGAAUGUGAACACACAGAGACUUUUACGUCUGCAGUCUCUGCUGCGGCACACUCCUAGCUACCGGACACUGGAGCUGCAGAUGCUGCACUGGCAAGAGAAGAGAGAGCUUUUUGAGCACUUUGUUGUUGUGUCCCUGAAAAAGAGGCCUCCCAAGAGUUCAUACACACCAGAGAUCAGCUACCAGUUCCCGAAGUUAGAAAGGCUCACCAAACAGAUGAGGGAGGCAGAGCAGCGCCUCAAAGCCAUCCCCCAGUUCUGUUUCCCAGAUGCCAAAGACUGGAUCCCAGUGAUUGAGUACAGCAGUGAGACGUUCUCUUUUGUGCUGACUGGUGAUGAUGGUGGCAGACGGUUUGGUUACUGCAGGAGACUGCUGCCCAGUGGGACCGGGCCGCGCUUACCUGAAGUUUAUUGUGUCAUCAGUCGGUUAGGCUGCUUUGAUCUUUUCUCUAAGAUCCUUGACGAGGUGGAAAAGCGUCUGCGUAUCUCAGCUGCACUUGUCUACCCCUUCAUGAGAUGCAUCAUGGAGUCUCCAUUCCCAGCCCCUGGGAAGACCAUCAAAGUAAAGACUUUCCUGCCUGGUGCUGGGAAGGAGGAGUUAGAGCUGAGACGGCCAGCAGACUCCCGUCUGGAGCACGUGGAUCUGCGGAGUCUGUUCAGCUGUCUCAGUGUACCUCAAGUCGUGCGAGUCUUUGCCUCCCUGCUCCUUGAACGCAGAGUCAUCUUUGUAGCAGACAAGCUGAGUACUUUAUCUAGCUGUGCUCAUGCUGUUCUGGCUCUUCUCUACCCAUUCUCAUGGCAGCAUACCUUUAUCCCUGUGCUGCCUGCCUCCAUGCUGGACAUGGUGUGCUGCCCCACUCCCUUCUUGGUGGGACUCCUUUCUUCCUCCCUGCCCCGACUGCAGCAGCUGCCUCUGGAGGAGACUCUGAUGGUGGACCUAAGAACAGAUUGUUUUAUCAGACAGAUGGAUGAUGAAGCCACAUUGUUGCCAAGGAAACUUCAGGCAGCUCUAGAGCAGGCUCUGGAACAAAGAGAUGACAUCAUCAACCAAGACUCCGACAGUGAGUCAGAGGAUGAUGCUACAUCCUUGAACAACGUGGUGUCUGAAGUUUUUAUCCGCUUCUUUCUGGAGACGGUUGGUCAUUACCCCCUGUUCAUGACGCAGAAUGCCAGUGGAGAACGAUUCUUUCAGAAGGAGGCCUUCCGUAAGGCCGUGGUCUCCAGAAGUGUUCGUCAUUUCCUCGGGAUCUUCAUGGAGUCCCAGAUGUUUGCAGGGUUCAUCCAGGAUCAGGAGCUACGCAAGACAAGGACUAAAGGUUUGUUUGAAGUGCGGGUGGAGCAGUACCUUGAGGAGCUGCCAGAUGCUGACAGAGGAGGUGUUAACAGGUUCCUCAGAGGUCUUGGUAGUAAAAUGAAAUUUCUCCAGAAAAAGAGCUGA